CCAGCGAGCGAGCAGGCGCGCCGCGACUGACAGCCGUACUAGCGACGGCUCGGACUUCAGCGCGCAUUUCGUCGGCAACCACCGCAGCAGCAGCAACAGCAGCCGCCCCGGGAGCCGCCCGCGCGGCCGAGGAAGACCUGGCCAUUCGCACCCCGUUUGGGGCUACUGGGAGGACUUUUUCUCGCCCUUCCUCUGACGAUUAGUAUGAUCCCGAGGUGCGAUUUCUGGGUCUUUGGGCAGCGCCGCCGCCACUAAAGUUACCCUCGCGGGAAUCGAGCUGCCGUCUCUGCCAAACGCGCCAGAAGGACCAGAACAGCGGGAGGUUUUUUUUAUUUUUAUUUUUUGCCCUGGUGGGUGGUUUGCACCCCCGCCGGCCCCUCUGCGCCCCCCACCCACCGCGAUACCCGACGCGCCACCGCCCCGCUUUCUUUCUCGACCGUCGGGACUGGGCGUGCAUGUCGGUGUGCCAACGCGGGCCAUCCGGCUUGGGGAGGCCAGAAGGGCAGCGGCGCGACCCGACGUCCCCCAACCCCGGUCGCCUCGGCCCGCCCGCCAACAACAAACCCCCAGCCAGCCUGGGCUGUCGGAUCUCCGCCAAGGAGGACGGGAACUUUUUAUUUGCAGCUCUCAGCCGCCGGCGGAUGGUGGGGAUCUCCGCUCCUUUCCAGUAUCGCAUUGAGAAGCAUUCCACGAUGCCAGACUCACCUGUGGAUGUGAAGACGCAAUCCAGGCUGACGCCCCCAACAAUGCCACCUCCUCCCACUACCCAAGGAGCCCCAAGAACCAGCUCGUUCACACCCACAACGUUAACCAAUGGCACAAGCCAUUCACCAACAGCAUUGAAUGGGGCUCCUUCUCCACCUAAUGGCUUUAGUAAUGGUCCAUCAUCUUCCUCUUCAUCAUCUUUGGCAAAUCAGCAAUUACCACCAGCCUGUGGAGCUAGGCAGCUUAGCAAACUGAAGAGAUUUCUUACAACCUUGCAGCAGUUUGGCAAUGACAUUUCGCCAGAGAUUGGGGAAAGAGUGCGUACCCUCGUACUAGGACUUGUGAACUCUACUUUGACAAUUGAAGAAUUUCAUUCCAAACUGCAAGAAGCUACUAACUUCCCACUGCGACCUUUUGUCAUCCCAUUUUUGAAGGCCAAUCUGCCCCUGCUACAGCGGGAGCUCCUGCACUGUGCAAGGCUGGCCAAGCAGAACCCCGCCCAGUACCUCGCUCAGCAUGAGCAGCUGCUUCUGGAUGCCAGCACCACCUCACCUGUUGACUCCUCAGAGCUGCUUCUCGAUGUGAACGAAAACGGGAAGAGGCGAACUCCAGACAGAACCAAAGAAAAUGGCUUUGACAGAGAGCCUUUGCACUCAGAGCAUCCAAGCAAGCGGCCGUGCACUAUUAGCCCAGGCCAGCGGUACAGUCCAAAUAAUGGCUUGUCUUACCAGCCCAAUGGUCUGCCUCACCCCACUCCGCCUCCACCUCAGCAUUACCGUUUGGAUGAUAUGGCCAUUGCCCACCACUACAGGGACUCAUACAGACACCCCAACCACAGGGACCUCAGGGACAGAACCAGACCUAUGGGGUUGCAUGGCACACGUCAAGAAGAAAUGAUUGAUCAUAGGCUAACAGACAGAGAAUGGGCAGAAGAAUGGAAACACCUUGACCAUCUCUUGAACUGCAUCAUGGACAUGGUGGAAAAAACAAGGCGAUCGCUCACUGUGCUACGGCGAUGUCAGGAAGCUGACCGGGAGGAACUUAAUUACUGGAUACGGCGGUACAGUGAUGCGGAGGAUUUAAAAAAAGGCAGUGGUAGCAAUCAUUCCAGGCAGCAGAGUCCUGUGAAUCCAGAUCCCGUCCCUUUAGACUCACAUCGGGAAUUCCUUCACAGGCCAGCUUCUGGAUAUGUGCCAGAGGAGAUCUGGAAGAAAGCUGAGGAAGCAGUCAAUGAAGUGAAACGUCAGGCAAUGACCGAGUUGCAGAAGGCAGUGUCAGAGGCAGAACGAAAAGCCCAUGAUAUGAUUACUACAGAGAGAGCUAAAAUGGAGCGCACUGUGGCAGAAGCCAAGCGGCAGGCUGCAGAGGAUGCACUAGCUGUGAUCAAUCAGCAAGAGGAUUCUAGUGAGAGUUGCUGGAACUGUGGCCGUAAAGCUAGUGAAACCUGCAGUGGUUGCAACACAGCACGAUACUGUGGCUCAUUUUGCCAACAUAAGGACUGGGAGAAACAUCACCACAUCUGUGGACAGACGCUUCAGGCCCAGCAGCAAGGAGAGACACCAGCAGUGAGCUCGUCUGCAACACCCAACAGUGGCGCCGGAAGCCCGAUUGACACACCACCAGCAGCUACUCCUAGGUCAAACACCCCCGGAACUCCGUCGACCAUAGAAACGACUCCUCGCUAAGACUGAACACAGAAGUACUUAAAAAAAAAAAACAGACAAAAUGCGAAACAAAACAAAAUCCUCAUCCUCAGAUGCUCAACUUUUUUUACUGAACUGUCAUGUUUCAAUACUACAAGGAUACUGUAUCUUGAGGUAGAAGUAAAAUACAGAAGGCCAGUAACGGGUCAUAAUGACUUCUUGUGGAUAACAAAGAUGUCUUUUCUUUAGGAAACUGAGAAGAGCAGAUAAUUUAACACACGCAAAAUGAUAGAUUUGACCUCCUCCCUGUUAUUUUCCAGUAGCUGGGAUUUUAAACUAGAUGACCUCAUUAACAAAUGCUUUACCAAACAGCAAACCAAGAGAUUGCUAAUUGCUGUUGAAAGCAAAAAUGCUAAUAAAAAUAAAGUCACAAUGUUCUUUAUAACAAUAAUGGAUUUUUUUUUAAAUGCGAGAGAGAGAGAGAGAGAGAACGAGAGAGAAGGAAAGAAAGGGAAAAUAAACCCUCAAGGGCAAGAGCAUUGGAUAAAGCAGCAAACAUUUAGAUAAGAAGAUGAAUAGUGUCCGUGGGUUACUGACUGAACUCUGAAGACCUGCAUCAAAAACACACAGAUGUGCAGCGGAUUGGAAGGAGACACAGAUGUUCUCUUUUUUUUUCUUGUUUCUGAAUGAAAUAAUAAUAUCCAGGUCAACAGAAUGAAAAAUGGAAAAUGAUUUGCAGUGGGAUGUAGGACUUAAAGACAGCAGCAAAGGGGAAAAUGCCAUCAUACAAACAGCUCCUGUUCUUUUCCAUUCUUUGUUUUGGUUUUGUUCUGUUUUGGUUUUUGUGGGUUUUUUUCCCUUUUUAGAACAGAAAUAAGGACAGCGUCUGCAGUUAAUUAGCAUUUUGGCAGCUUUGAUGCCAACCAGCUGCCUCUACCCCUUCCCCAAAAGCGUCAAAAAAAAAUCUUCACUUUUUUACAAGGGUCCACAGAGUAAGACAAUCGGGUCUGUUUCACCUCAUGCGUUUUUGUACCCGCAACAAUGAUAAUACAGUGACUCCAGCUCCAGAACCUUUCCAAAUUCUCUCUAUCCCAUUCUGUCUGGGUUUUUAAUUUAAAUCAAAAAUUACUUAAAAUGGGGAAAAAAAUCUAGUAGUUCUCUUGGUGUUAAAACACUUCUGUCCUGUGAGGUUUCCCAAUGGUGUUUUUUCCUGUAAAUGUGUUGGGACAAAUGUGAAAAAUGCAUUGUAGUUAAUCAUGCUCACAUUUAGUCUUCUUUAUUACUAGUAGGUGAGAAACCUGUAACUUUCUAUGCUGCUUUUAUAUGUCUGUAGUAGUGAUAUUUCUCUAGUAGUUCAAAGGAGAAAAGAAACCCCCUCUUUUUUUUUCAUUUGUCCUGAAGAAAAGAAAAGGAAAAAAAAAAGCUAUCUUUCGGAGCUGCUAUUUCACUCUGUUAUAGGGGGGAAAAAUUCUGAAAACUAGCAUGCUUCCCGGAAUGCUAACAUAUUGGUGUUUUUGUAAGAGGGAUGUACAUAAAUGUAUUUUGCACUGUCA